GGGGCGAAACCACACGAUCCUCUGGCGCGAAAAGUCAUAAAAACAUGGAGGACCUACGCGAAAUACUUGAAGAAUUAGGUAUACCUAACGUUCUUGAAAAUUUCGAGAGGGAAAACGUUUCACAAGAAAUGAUAUGUAUGUUAUCGGACAAUGAAUUAAAAAGGUUGGGCAUAGAAACAAUAGGAUUGAGGCAUAAACUGAAACAACUUCUCGAUUUAAAGAAACAUCAACCUUCAACUUCUGUCAUUUCUGAAAGAUCGCGCCUAUUCAGCCCUUAUUCUCGCACUUCAGCAAGUAAACCUGGGAAAAGAUCACGUAAGAAAGAAAAGUUUAUCACGCUGCAUUUUCUCUGCUUGGCACACACAGGACAGAAGAGUGUCCCAAACGGCAACGAAAAAGAAGUUUUGAAUAAAGCAGGACUAGGAAAGAAAAAAAUUCUUUUGAAAAAAUCUGAUGAUGAGAAGGAAUUAGCAGAAACACUUAUUUCGAAAGAAGUAAAUGAAGAUGGUGAUUUUGUCGGCUUUCCAAAAUUAGCAGAUGGGGGUGGUUUUGAAUUACUUCGCAGUACUCAAAACUGCAGAGAUUUAACUUUAAUAAACUGUUCAUGGUCAGCUAAAGAAUUGCAGAAAAAUGUGAACCCACAGGUUACCAUAUACAUUAGACCAAUACAGAAGAAUUUAUCGACUGAAGCUAUCGUUAAUCGUCCUGAAAAAUUGGCAGAAUUGAGCAUUGAAGAAAAUUGUGUGACAUGUGGAAGAAAAUUUUAGUAAGGGAACUACGAAAACACACAGAAACGUGUGACCAAGCACCCUCAGUUUCUACAGAUGUUGAUACUACCAGUAUAGUGCCAGUAACACAAAUCGUGCAAACUGAUGUACCAGUUGAUGUUAAUGGAAUGAGUUUUUUUCAGAGCCUAUUCGAAAGUAAUGACAUUACCCUUACAGUGGCCCCAACAGUUGAUAUCGAAAGUGUUGCAACCCCAUCGAUAGAGUUUGAAAAUGUUACAACCCCAUCCAUCGAGGAUGAAAGUGUUGCAACCCCUGUGCAUGUUGAAACUGUAACAGGUGUGACAAAUAGAAUAGUUAAUUUUUGCAAAACACAAAAUAUAUUGGACCCUGUUGAAAUUUUGCGUAAAGUUCAAAAUGAAAUGGUGACUGGUAGACCUUUGGAAGUCGUUGACGUUACAAAUAGUUCUGAAGGCGACACAAACUUCAUUUUGGUAGACAGAACUCAUCUUUUGGAGACAUCGUUUGAUGAAAUCAAAGGAAUUGAGGAUCUUAGAAAGACUUUAGAAGUACAGUUUUAUGAUGAGACGGCUGUAGAUUAUGGAGGCCCCAGGAAGGAGUUUUUCAGAUUAGUUUUGCAGGCCAUCAAGGAGAAAUAUUUUGACAGUGGACUGAGAGAAUUACUUCAUGAAGAUUAUGAAGUUGUUGGAAAGACUUUUGCUUUAAGUAUUCUACAAAAUGGCAAAAUCCCAACUUUUUUGGACCCAGAUGUAAUCCAGAAGAUAUUUUCUGAUUCCACAGACAAUCCAUGCAUAACAAGCUUGAGAGGAGGGCUUGAGACAUUGGGACUGUAUACAAUUUGUAUGCAGCUUCCAAGUUUUCUGUACCUUUUCCAAAAACAUUCAUUACCCUUGACAUUUAGGAUGCUCACAUUCCUUUUAAAGCCUCAAUUUUCUCAAGAGGGCAGCAACAACAUGGAAGUUGAAAAGAAGGUCUACGCUGCAUUUGUUCGAUAUCUAAGAGAAGUCGCAAGUGGUCGGAGAGAACACUUGUCCUUAGCAAACGUACUACAGUUUGUGACAGGAACUGAUGAGGAGCCACUACUGGGGUUCAAAAUCCCACCCACUAUCCAGUUUCCAGAAGUCAUGAACUCAUUCAUUCCAACUGCCAACACAUGCAUCAACUCUCUCCAGCUUCCAAGACCAAAACCAGACUUAAAUGUGAACUUUCCUUUAGAUGAAAAGCUAUUUGAAUUAUAUGAUUAUGCUUUCUUAAACCUCUUUUAUGGACUGCAUUAAGUUUUUAACAAAUUUUUAGUCAUUCUCUAUCACCCAAUCAAGUCUCAAUUUUUUUUAUAAGAAUAUGUUACACAAUUAUACAAGUAUCACCACAUACUUAUUACAAAAAAUUCUACAGUAUGUAGGGUCCAUGGGUACAGCUUUAGGGGAUUUGUUUCAUAAAACUUGCUGAAUUUAAAAGAAAUUUGUUAUAUCAAUAUAAAGUAAUCUUUAUAUAUAGUGAAGAACUAGUAAAGUGCACUGGUCUGGGUCAGGACAGGACUAUUUUUAGUGCAAAGUUUUAUGUAAAUUUACACAAUGUAUCUUAAAAGAUAUUCCUUCAAAAUGUGUAGUAAGAACCUGACCAAUUGAUAUGAAAGCAUUCUUGUAUAAUAAUGCACAUUCAAGUUAGUUCAAAUAUUGGUACCAGGGGAGUUGAUGAGGCCACAAUAGAAUUUCAAAGUUAAAUGUAUAGAAUACCAAAGUUGGCACAAAGCAUCCUUAGGUAAAGGGAAUUCUAAAUUGUUAAAAUAAAGGGCCAGGCCACCUUCCAAGGGGAGAUAAUCAAGAAAAGAUAAAAAUAGAGUAGGGUCAUUAAAAAAUCUUCUCAAGAACCACUGGGCCAGAAAAGAUGAAAUUUAUAGAUGAGCUUUACUAGGUAGUGCAGAUUCUAAAUUGAUAAAAUCAUAGCCCCCGGGGGUUGGAUGGGGCCACAAUAGGGGAUCAAAUUUUUACAUACAAAUAUAUAGGGAAAAUCUUUAAAAAUCUUCUUCUCAAGAACCACUGAGCCAGAAAAGCUGAUUUUUACAUGAAAGCUUUCUGACAUAGUGCAGAUUCAAGUUUUUCAAAUCAUGGCCCCCGGGGGUAGGAUCGGGCCACAAGGGGGGAUCAAAGUUUUACAUAGAAAUAUAUAGGAAAAAUCUUUAAAAAUCUUCUCAAGAACCAUUGGGCCAAAGAAGUUGACAUUUACAUGGAAGCUUUGUGAUAUAGUGUAGAUUCAAGUUUGCAAAAAUCAUGGCCUCCAGGGGUAGGUUGGAGCCAUAAUGGGGACUAAGGUUUUACAUGCACAUAUAUAUGGAAAGUCUUCAGAUAUGGGUCAAGGUGAUUCAGGUGAGCAAUGUGGCCCAUGGGCCUCUUGUUAACUCAUCUGAGUCGAAGGCUCGAGUUAGCUUUUCUGAUCAAAAUUUGUCAGUUGUCUGUCAACGUCGUCGUAAACUUUUCACAUUUUCCUCUUCUCCUGCAGAACUAUUGGGCUAAUUUCAACCAAACUUGGCACAAAGCACCAUUUGGUAAAGGGGAUUCAAUUUUGUUCAAAUGAAGGGCCAUGCCUCUCUCAAAGGGGAGAUAAUCACAAAAAUGCAAAAAUAGGGUGGGGUCAUUUAAAAAUAGUCUUCUCAAGAACCACUGGCAGGGCAAAAACCGUCCAAAAUCAAAUAAUUUUCAAAAAUCCUUUCUUUACAACUACACAUCUACAUGUAUAUGAAAAGCAGGAACGCCUCCACCAAAAGUAUAAAUUCAUAAUACCCUGGAUAGUAGUUUUUGACUCAAUUUAUUAUCAAUAGCAAUAAAGAUGAUGUUAUUUAAAUGUUUUACACAAAUUUCAUAAUCACAGGGGUAGGGAUUUUGGUUUGAGGGUGGGACCAACAUUAUCAUAAUGAUUAUUGUCUUUACUUCUUAAAUUUUACUGAAACUGUAUAAAAACUAAAUGUAUAAUAAAAAACAGCAGAAAAGUACGCACUAAUUUUGAAUUUCAUAACAAGGGUUGUGACUCGAGGGCUGGUCCAAAAUAGCUGUAUAGUGGGUUGGUAACAAGCCAUCCGAUGCGAUUUUGUAACAAUUUAAUCCGUCAUGUUAUAAUGGGGAAUCGCCCCAUAUGGGUGUACUUCUGUUUUGGGCAGUAUGUGGUUGUCUAUAUUGUAUCAGGUCGAAGAUUGUUUUUCCUUUACAUUUAACAUGUGUAUUAUUGUCAAUGCCACAUGUAAUUGAAAUCCAUUACUUUAUGAAUUUUUGUAUUCUACAUCUUGCCAUAAGUUACAGGUAUAACUCUGUCUCAAAGUCCUUCUAGUCAAAAGUCUGGUCAUUUUGUACUUGUAACAUUUUUGCUCUUGGUGUGAAUUACCAUAUAUGUCUUCUUCAUUAUUUAAUGAUUCUGUGUAUAUAUGUUUACAUUUUGUCAUUUAUUGAAUUAAUAAAUGACAGUUUUAAUCACCUUCAUUUGGUGUUCACGUAUGUUGACAUAAAUCAUAUAAUAUGUAGUUUUUCAGUAGUAUGGGCAGUUUUGGGGUAAUUUAUGUUUGAAGAGCACAUCUUGUUAAUCCUGUUGCCGAAUAUUAGAAUUUAGCUUUGAUAUGCUGAACAAAAAUUCCUCUAGAUUUCAUGACCCUUGGGACUAAUGAUUCUUUUAACUGAUCCUCGGGUGAUCGAUAAGACCUUUGGGCCUCUUGUUUUAUGCUCGUCUUUAAAUCAGACAUAUUAAGGUACUGUAAUGUCUUUGUCUGCAUGUUUGUCCCCCCAACUCCAACCUAAGUUUUCAUGUUACAAAGUUCUUGUAUAUGUUACAGAAUGUUUGUAUGAGUAUUGAAGAUUUGCAUUACAUUAAGACUAGGAAUUUUUUUGGCUCAAGUGAGCUUUUCUCUUCAAAAUUUGUCCGUUGUCUGGCAUCGGCGUAAACUUUUCACAUUUUCAUUUUCUUCUCCAGAACCACUGGGGCAAUUUCAACCAAACUUGGCACAAAGCAUCCUUGGGUGAAGGGCUUUCAAGUUUGUUCAAAUGAAGGACCAUGCCUCCUUCAAAGGGGAGAUAAUCACAAAAAUAGGGUGGGGUCAUUUAAAAACUUCUUCUCAAGAACCACUGGGCUGAAAUUGACAGGAAAGCUUCCUGACAUAAUGUAGAUUCAGUUUGUUCAAAUCAUGGCCCCUUGGAGUAGGUUGUGACCACAAUAAGGGAUCAAAGUUUUACAUGGGAAUAAAUAGGGAAAAUUAAAAAUUCUUCUCAAGAACCACUGGGCCAGAAUAGCCGAGAUUUACAUGAAAGCUUCCUGACAUAGUGCAGAUUCACGUUUGUAAAAAUCAUGCCCCCCACCCCCUGGGGUAGAUUGGGGCCACAAUAGGGACCAAAGUUUUACAUGCGAAUACAUUUGGAAAAUCUUUAGAUAUGGGCCAAGGUGACUGGUGAGCGAUGUGGCCCAUGGCCUCUUGUUUAAUUUGUGAGAAAAAUUGCAGGGUUUUGAAUUACAUAGUUUGCCUGUUUAACUCCUCCUAAAAUGAGUAAGUUAAAAAAAAUCAUACAAAUUUAAUGUAUUGGUAUUAAAGAGCAGCAAAUUGCAAGAGUUUUCAUUUUCCCCAUUUUGAGAAAAUAACUGCUUGCUAAACUUCGUCAUUUUAGAUGAAAUAUUACUUAAGGAUACAAGUGUUUUUUUGUUUUUGCUUCAAAUAUGUUGUGAAGUAUCACUUUUUUAUGCACCUUGUACAUGUAAAGACCAUCACAUGGUUGUGCAAGGCAGCUUUCAGCAACAGGCUUCAUUUUGAUGCAGGAUAUAUUUUUUGUCCAUUCAUAAUAAAUUUUCAUAUUCAUGUAUAUUUCAGACCUGUUUCAUACUGGGUUUUUUAAGAGCAAUAUGGUCAUUUGGUCUCUUCUUUAUUUGUACAUUUAUAAUUGAUAGGAAGCACAAGUAUUUAAGUUAUUAGUGUUUAUGAUUUUUUAUAUUAACUAAAAAUACCCUGUCAUAAUUGGGGGGGGGGGGGAGUAAAUAACUUACUGACAAUUAAUUGAACUUUCUAAUGCCAAUACAUGUACUUUGUAUGAAGUGAAUGAUUAUAAAUUUCAUUUAUGAGGAUACCAUCCUAUGGGAGGAAUAAAAAUGUUUCAUCUACACACAUUGAUAGAAAUUGCAGCAAUGUAUCAACAAGCCAAAAGUAGAUGAAACUCAUUUGAGUUGAUCAUUAGGUUUUGUUUGAAUAGAAAACUCUGUGUAAGUUACACUAUUGAUUUGUUACAACAUUAAAUAUAAUUCUAAAAGU